CGGACGGGUUUGUUUUCGUCAGUCAUCCACGAGCUGUAAUAGUGCGGUUCACUGACGUCCCGAGUUUAUUGGCCCUUCCAGUUGAUAUAUUUUUUUCGAAAGUGGGAUACCGUUCAAUAAUAUUUUUACGCGAGUGUAGGAGAACCGCAAAACACACGGAGAAAAAAUUACAAUGUGAUUGAGUGAUCGUUCUGUUAAAAACUCAAGCAUCGGAUUUUAUUAAAGGGGCAAAAAUCAUAAAGGAGGAUAAGAAGAUUUUGAAAAAUACAUUGGCCUGGCAAUUACAUUUAUCGAACAAAAGAUAUGGAACAAAAAUUACAUUUAUAAGGACCUGCAAUGCUACUAGAAAAUCUAUGGUAAAAGGCGCGUUCAUAAUUAGGAUGGAAUGCGAAACAAAGCCAAGGUAGAGAACUUGUUGAAAGAAGACCGGAUAUGCCUCGCAAAUUCUUCUAAUGAAAAUGGACCCGUUGGAUGAGCAGGCGUCGUUAUGACAUCUCAGGCAGUUAACUGAAGAUUUGGCAGGCCGAUGGCAUUUUUCACCGAGAUGUCCACGAUGUGUGACCCUUUCCUAAAUUAGCUUGGAGAGAUCAGGAUUUCGGGCGGUACAUGCUCAUCAUCAGAGUACAAUCUGAAAAACGUACUUUUAGAUAACUUGCGUGGUCAAACUUCAAAAACAGUUUGUACCUAACGUGAGCUGACAUGGGGCAGGAAGUGAAAUUUCUAAUAUUAUUUCUUUUCCUUCAAACCGCAGCAGCGUUGAAAAACGAAAGCUGUCUCAAUGGCCCAGAGGUGAACCCAAAGAGAUUUGUUACAACGAAGGGUGUUCCCAUCCCCUUAACACUGGGUGUCACUAACAGAAUAACUCACAAAUUGGCAACUCAUGUUUUUAUGAUAUUUUUAAAAGAGAUACUGGGUUAUGACACUGUCGUCAUUAAGAAUGUCACACACGAUAAUAUAACUGCAAUAUUUGAAGGUCUCUCUUCCAACAAUCAAGGUCCUCACUACAUGAUAGAUUUGGAGGUGUGGAUCACACCUAAUUUAAACACAAUUCAUUACACUGAAAGGUUUGCCGUUUCAGAAUGUGGCAUCUUGGCUCCGCCUGGAAGAUAUGGAUGGUUUAUCCCUAAAAAGUUCAUCCCACCUGACAAACAAAAUGUUUCUAUUUAUUGGAACAGUUUUAAAGAUAAAAAUGUAAUUAAAAAAAUGUAUUCUGCUGAAAUAGAAAAAUUGAUUGAAGAAAUGAAGGGAGAUCUUUGUGAGGUUUAUUGUGAUUAUAGCAAGAUAUAUUAUGUCCCUAAAUGGUGUAAAGAUGGUAUGGAUUGUCCUCUCAUACUAGCACAGGACUAUGAAUCAACUUCCUUUGUUAUUAAUGAUAUUGCGGAUAACAAAUUAUUCGCAAGAGUUAUUUGGCUGGGAAAACAUUUUUUUAAAUACGUAGAUCAAAUUAUGAAUAACAACUAUUACAUAAAUAAGAUUGUUCCUAUUAUUCUCACUUAUACACCCAGUGAAUUAAUGCUCGAUGAUGAUUUUGUAUCAGUGUCUUUUCCUGCAUGUAACUAUUAUAUAUUUGAUCAUUGUAAUUAUGGGAACAAAAGGCUUGUGAAAUUAUCUUGGAGUAGUCUUGUAAAAGCAGCGAGACCUGCUUUUGAGUCAUUACAGAACAUUGAUUUCUCUGCAAGGAACUAUAAGGAGAUGAUAGCAAUCUAUGUUAAAAAAUGGAAAGAAAAGGGGGAGGAUCUUAACGAUGAUGAACUUCGUAGUGUAGCUUGCGAUUGGAUGAAAAAUAAUACGCAUAUAGUGAAACGGUGGAAGCCUGAAGAUGACAAAAAGAAUACUCUUUAUAUUGGAGGGAUAUUUCCUUUAACAGGCUCGGCCCCAUUUUUUGACACAGUUCGUGGUAUUGUUGUAGGUGCUACAAUGGCGAUAAAAGCAAUUAAUAAUAAUACUAGAGUCCUCCAGGACUAUAAGUUAGAGUUACUUCUUGACAAUGGAGAAUGCAAAGCGGAUAUUGUCAUGAGGACGUUUAUUAAUUAUAUAUUCAACAACAAUUAUCCACAGCUUGUUGGAAUUUUGGGGCCUGCUUGUUCAGAUACAGUUGAACCUUUAGCUGGUAUAGCUAAACAUUUUCACACACUUAUAAUUAGUUAUAGUGCUGAGGGUAGCAGCUUUUCUGAUCGGGAAAAAUAUCCAUAUUUUUAUAGAACAAUAGGCGAAAACAAACAGUACAUGUAUGUCUAUCUUAAAUUAUUGAGCAGAUUGCAAUGGAAGAGACUUGCUUCUUUGACAGAAGAUGGAACAAGAUAUACAGAGUAUGUUUCAAUGACUGAAAAUCUGCUUCAAAGUGAAGGGAUUUCUUUUGUAGUUAACCGCAAAUUUCCACAAGAUUGGGAUACAUCUACAAUGCAACAGUGCUUGGAAGAAUUUAAAGAAAAGAACGCAAGAAUCAUUAUCGCUGAUGUUAAUGAAAAAGCUGCCAGGACUGUCAUGUGCCUCGCUUUCAAAAAUAAUAUGACAGCUGAACACGGUUAUGUUUGGUUUCUGCCACAUCGACAAACUGAUCAUUGGUUCACUAGCGUAAAAGAUGUUAACUGCAAUGUGAAGCAAAUGAUAAAAGCGAUCGAUGGACAUUUUUCACUCUCACAUGCUUUCUUUGCUCCUGAUAACAAUACAAUGCAGGAAAACAUUACAGUGAAAGAAUGGAAGAAGAAAUAUGAAUUAGAACUGACUUUAAACUCUACCAAAGAAAAAAAUAUAAAAGGGUUUUCAAAUUAUGCUGGCUACACGUAUGAUGCAAUAUGGGCUUAUGCUUACGCCUUGGAUGGGCUUACGAAACAAAAUCAUUCUUCAGUAGCAUCACUCCAUUCACCAAAUACCACCAAGCAAUUUGUAAAAUUUUUACAAAAGACUAACUUCAGUGGAGUAUCAGGUCAUAUACAAUUCAGUAAUGGUUCCUCAAAGUUCAUACCAAUUAAUAUUAUGCAGUGGCUAGGCAAUAAAUCAAGAAUUAUAGGAACUUUUGAACCAAAGAUAGACAACGACACAGCUGACUAUUCUGCUGGAAAUUUGACCCUAUACGAAAACCAAAUUACCUGGUUAUAUCCUGACGGCAAGCCUCCUGAUGGAAUGCAAAUUGAACCACCCUGUUUUGUUGCUGGAUUUGCAAAAAUGCUGAACACAGAAUGCCAUGUAGCUAUUGUUAUUGCAAAUAUUAUCGGCAUUGGAAUUCUAAUUUUGAUUCUGAUAGUUUGUUUCCUAAUCAUAAAGCACAGAUAUGAUAAGAAGGUGAGAUUGACUCAGAAAUACAUGGAAUCAUUAGGUAUUGAUCUCCUAUCUGUUGGUCCAAUACCAAGUCUUGAUACCUGGGAAAUUUCCAAAGAAAAGGUAGUGAUUAACAGAAAGCUGGGUGAAGGUGCUUUUGGUACAGUUUAUGGUGGUGAAGCUUAUUUCAAUGAAAAAGGCUGGGUAGCAGUAGCUGUAAAAACACUCAAAGUUGGCUCAACUACAGAAGAAAAAUUGGACUUCCUUAGCGAAGCAGAGGUCAUGAAGCGAUUUGAACAUAAAAACAUUGUACAACUUCUUGGAGUCUGCACAAAAAGUGAGCCAGUUUAUACUAUAAUGGAGUUUAUGCUUUAUGGUGAUCUCAAAACCUUUCUGCUUGCUCGGCGACACCUGGUUAAUGAAAAGUUUUCUGAUGACAGUGAUGAAAUAUCAAGUAAAAAACUUACCAACAUGGCUUUAGACAUAGCUCGUGCACUUAGCUAUUUAGCAGAACUGAGAUAUGUGCACAGGGAUGUUGCAUCAAGAAAUUGCCUUAUCAAUGCACAAAGGGUAGUCAAAUUAGGAGAUUUUGGCAUGACAAGGCCGAUGUUUGAAAGUGAUUAUUACAAAUUUAAUAGAAAAGGAAUGCUACCUGUACGAUGGAUGGCUCCUGAAAGUUUAGUGCUUGGUGUUUUCACCCCUGCAUCAGAUGUCUGGUCAUUUGGAGUUUUACUUUUUGAGAUUAUUACAUUUGGGAGCUUCCCCUUCCAAGGAUUAACUAACAAUCAAGUAUUAGAACAUGUUAAACAAGGGAAUACUAUAAAUAUACCUGCAGGAAUCAAACCACAACUGGAUUGUUUAAUCAAAUCCUGCUGGGAAAAGGAUCGUAAGAAGAGGCCACAUGCAUCUGAAAUAGUUGAAUUUCUUGCAAACAACCCACGGCUUCUCGUACCUUGCAUAGAUGUGCCAAUAUCAUCUGUCCAAAUGGAUGACACAGCUCAGCUAGAGCUCCCUUUACCUCAAGAUAAGAUGCGAAGGUUUUCAAUGACCCUUCGUCAGAGGACGCCGUCUUCACCGACUUCAGACAUAGGGUUAAGGACAGACCUUGCUCAACCUCUCCUACCAACUCCUGCCAGGUUUAGACCAACAAUAAAUUCAUCUAUAUCUGAGGAAAAUAAUAUACAAAUAGACUCACCUCUUUAAUAAAUAAGAUAGGAAAAGUAUUAAUAAUCAAAAGUAUUUAAGAUCCUCAAAUUUUAUGAACACACAAUUUUAACAAAUAGCAUCUUAUUUGUUAUUUCCAAACAAAUGUCUGUUGUAUAUUGGUUCAAAACUUUUUAAUAGAAUAAUUUUUAAUCAAAUUCUCAGUGUGUGAUCUUUAUUUAUUACUUAUACAGGCAUGCCAAACUCAAUGUACAAUUUCUAUAUCUAAUUUUUUAGCCUCUUAACAUUUUUCAAACAAUUCACCAUUUUAUUAUGGUAGAUGCUAAGUAGCAAUAUGAGUUUUAGCACAUUCAAUAUGUGACAUUUGAGUAAAAGGCAAUUUUCUUCCCUCCAUUUAUUAGUUGAUUUUAUGAUUUAUUUUUUCAAAAAUUAAAAAUAUUUUUAGAAAAUUCAACUGUAUAUCUACCUCAUUAAACAUCACCCUUUCUCAGCCAGGUUUUCUCAUUGUCAAAGGUACUUUUUAGAUUUUUUAUUGUUAUUUUUGUACUUUAUUUUUAUCUGAUGAAGGGGGAAAUUUCCAACUUCGGCUCUAAUUUAAUUUUAUCUAAAUGUUUAAACAAUGCUCAUUUGACUUUGAAAUAAAUGACAUUAAUGUUUGGUUUAUUUGUAUUCAAUUGUAAAUACUUAUUAAUUCACCAAAUUUCUGGAAAAAAUAGAUUAGAGUUAAUUUAAAAUUAUGUGUAAUUAAAACUCUGCUUAUUUACAAAUGUUACUUCACUAUUUUUCAUUUAAUUGUACUUUGCUAUAAUUAUUUGGAAAAUUCCUAUUGUAUCAAUCUAGUCUAUUUAGUUUUAAAUUAUGUUUAAAUAUGUUCACUGCCCUACUCUUUAACAAUUUAUGAAGUGAAAAAAAAUCCUUCAUCAGAUAAAAAUUACAUUUGAUGUAUUUUUUGUUAUCCUGUACAGUAUGUCAAAUUUUGUGAAAAU